GUCGCCAUUACCUCAACCCUCCACUUCCCUCCCAUUAAUUAUUUCAUGUAAAUGUUAGCAUUAACCCAAAUCUAUCACCCCUUCCCCAUCCGUCCAACUUCCAUGCGUUUGUGAUGAAAUUUUCCAGUAUAUAUACGAAUCAGAAGUGAGGAUUCUAGAGAUCUGGUCGUCCCAAUCAUUGUUCUUUCUUAAUUCUCUCUGAAAGAAGCUAUUAUAAUGGCGAUUUAUCAACUCAUUCUCCCUCAGUUGAAGGCUGGUCGGUGUAGGGCGACGGUUGUCACACGCUCCUCCGUUUUUUGGAAGCUAAGAAUGGAAAGAAAGGUGGAGAGCUUAUAUAGAUUGAUUUGUCUGGUAGAUGAGGAGGUAUGAGCUCAGUGCAUUUGAUGUCACUAAGUGUAACCAGUUCUUCAAGCUGACGCCAGCACCCGUUCGGACUUCCGAUGCAACCAAAGAGUAUCCCUCCGCCGCCUGGAUCCUGAAACUGGUAGUACCGGCUGAGCUUCUCUUCCCAGCGACGUCUGCUCUCUCAGCUCCGAUUCUUACUUGGCCACAAAAGCAGCACCAUCAGCUUCAAAACUGAAUUAACGUGCUCACUUGAUCUUCUGUUUCAGAUGAUAGAUUAGUUUUCAGCAAUCAAAGCACUGUCCCAAGUUGAAAAAAAAAGCACUG